UUAGGAUCAAAGAUGGCGGAGAAGAAGGAGCAUUGUGUUCGGGAAAUAUCUUCCUUUGUGACUCAUACUGCAACGGAAAUGGAAAGAAUUCUAUCGCGUUUUAAGUGGAGAAAAGAAGAUUUAUUGAAGAAGGUCAACAGUUCAAAGUUGAUACACUGUCCAUAUGACUUCAGCCACAGAAUACCAGCAUCAAGACUCAAUAAACACUUAUCUCUUUGCCAGUACAAAACAAAGGACAUUAAUCCUCAGGAUGUCUGUACUAGCCCUGAAUUCUUCUACCAGACAUGCAAGGCAGUGAUACCAAUUGCUAUAGAUGAAAAGCACUACAGUUCUCUCAAAAACGGCCAUGAAAGUGGCAAAUUAGAUACUGGAGUCCAAAUCAGGGUCAAUAACAAGGUAUGGAAAAUAAUAAAAAUCAUGUUUCAUCCUCAAUAAAGCUGUUUUCUUUUUCCUUUUGACGAGUUUUUUUUGGCAAAAAGUUUUGUGUUCCAAACAUUGAAAUCAGUGCAUGCACAUGUAUACCUGUACUGGGGCAUGAAAUCUGACACACAUACACAGGUGAUUUCUGUCGUUUUUUAGGCAGUACCAACAUGUUGUUCCUUGUUGACACCAAAAGAAAGAUCUGUACAUAACACUCAGAGCAUGAUGGUUGAUGGGAGGACUUGUCACAAUGAUUCAGCACAUGAGAUAAGGUCAAUAAUGGCAUGGGAAGUGAUACCAUCCUCUCAAUUGCAGCUAGAGCUUCAUCUUCUGUCACAAGAGGAAAUCAAGACUUGGAUCAUUGGGAACUUACCACAAGUUCAGUACUUGAGUUCUGUUGAUGGUGCCAGUGAACAUUUGGUGGAUUUUGUUUUGUCCUGUCUUCAAGAGGAGAAAGUUGCUCAUCCCAGUGGAUUGGAAGAAAUGUUGAAAGAUUUUCUAGGAGAUGAAACAAAGGCUUUUGUUUUGAACCUGUGGAAGUUUCUGGCUGUUUCAGUUACCAAGGAGAAAAACUCUGCCAUCUACUCUCAGAUGGAAAACAAGACGCAAGAUUCUUCAGCCAAUAGCUUUGAAACAAAGACAGACGUUCAGGACCACCCAGAACCUGUUGGAAGCCCCGUGAAAGAAAUACCUCUCCCGAUGGACCGAGUAAUAUCUGACUUCUCUCCCCAACAACGGCUCACUGUCUAUGAGCACGUGAUACAGGCUGCAAAGACAAAACGAGAAACAGACAAACAGGAGAUGGAUUUAGAAAUUGUUUCUGACUCGAAUGAGUCCAAAGGAACAGAGGGUGAUCAACCAAAAACCCAUUUUGAAGUGUUAGCUGAACAGCGUGACUACAAACGUCGGCGACAAAGCUACCGGGCGAAAAAUGUACACAUCACCAAAAGGAGUGCUGUAGAGGUAAUGCGAGACCUUAUCGAGACGCAAAUGCACGUAUUAGAAAUGCAGUACAAAGAAGAACACGGCAUUACUGGUAAUAAUUCUGAUGUUGGAGACAUGCCUGAAGAGGAGCGCGAAAAUAAAGCAGACUUCAAGGAUGGUACGAGACGAGGGAUGAGAGACGAUGAAGAGAAUCGACGAAUGGAACGAGACAGAAGGCAACGCCGAGGAGGGAAUAAACGGGUUUGGUUUUACGACAACAGAGACUCAGAUACCAAGAGAUCGAGGAGAUGACAAUGUACAAAUGAACCUUUUUAAGAUAAGCGAAUGAAGACAUAUUUGUGAAUAGUUAAAUAAAAAUUGGCAAGCUCUGCA